AUGGAAGAUGAGAAUCCAAUGUGGUUAAGCCAAGGCAUGCCCAUAACCAUUGAAAGAAUGACAAUGGCUCCCGAAGCACAUCAAGGCCGAAGGCCACAUGGAAGAAGGCAAAGAGAAGAACCAAUGGAAGAAGAUGAGCUACACCUAGAAGAAGAGCCACAAGAGGAGGAGGAACAGCCGCACUUUUUCCCACAUGGCAAUAUGGAUAUGACUCAAAUGCAAGAAGCAAUUGGAAGAUUGUCACAACAAUACACAAGAAUUCAAGAAAGGCAAGAAGAGUACCAUUCACAAUACUUGAAGCAUCAACAAGAGCAAAAAGAAUGGCAGCUGAAAAUGAUGAACCAACAAAGUGAGUUUGAGUCAAAAUUCCUUGUGAUGCAAGAAGAGCAUGCCUUUCAAUCUCACGAAGCAUUUGGGAAGUUGGCACAAAUGCAAGCCGAAACUAUGAGGGCUCUCAAUGAUUUUACAACCCUCCAAGAUGCAAGAUAUGAAGUCCAAGCCGAUUACAACAUUAAUAGUCAAAUCAAACUGAACUAUAUUGGAGAACAUCUGCACAACAUGGAUCCGGCAUUCCCAAUUUUUGAUGAGUUCUUCAAAAAGAAAAGUGAGGUAGAAGUAAACAAAGCUAUGAGCCUUGAAGAUAGAGUAGAGGAGGCGAUGAAUAAAGCUGGGUUCUGGCGGGGUCAACAGACAACAAACAUGGACACAGGGAACACCAGCAACCAAGUAUAUGAAAGAAGAAAGAAAAAGCAUGACAAAUGA